GGGGAACCAGAAAACCACAGAACUAAAAGGAACAACCAUGGAAGCCACCAAUCUUGACAUUGAAACAAGUGAAAAAGCUUCUGACUCUGCUCCAGAAGGUGGCUUCAGCAGAUCAGAAGAUACUACGAUAAACAGAGAGCACCUAAAGAAUGAAGCAAAUGAAACCAUAAAGAAUGAAGUUUCAAAUGAACAGAAGCAUCUUGAGGUAGCAAUAUCUGAUUCAAGGGCAGAAGAGAGGUGGUGUGAGACAACAAUUGAAGCAAAUGAAACCAGGAAGAAUGAAGUUUCAAAUGAAGAGAUCGAGGCUGAAAAGCUAGAGGCAAAAGAUUUGCGGCCGAUUUCUGUUAGUGGAGAAAACAUCAGCCAUACAGAACAAGAAAAUGAGUUGAUAGCUGAAAAAUAUGAAGGAGAGAAGAGUGAAACAUUUAAUACCGCAAGAAAUGAAAAUCGGGACAAUGAGGAAUCCCCGAAAGAAACUACACAAGUGGCUAAACAUUUAACUGAAGACAAAGAACUUCAAACCGAAGAGAAUCUGUGUGACACAACAGUUGAAGCAAAUGAAAAAAUUAAGACUGAACUUUCAAAUGACGAGAUCAAGGAGGGUAAGGAACUUCCAAAGGAUUCUGAGGCAGACUCUGUCAGAGAAGAGAGCCAUCAGGGAAAAAAAGCAAUAGCUGAAGAGUAUCAAGUAGAGAAGACCAAUGAAAGUUCUGUGAUCAGAACAAACGAAAAUCGGGGCGAGUUGCCUGAGGAGAAAGAUACAACAGCUAGCAAAGAAGUGCAAACUGAAGAAGAAGAAGAAGAGCACGAAAAUGCUGAAGAAGUAAAAACAUAUGAAGAGACGGGAGAAAAUGAACACAAAAAUGCAGAGCCAGGCUAUGAUUCUCCCGUCAUUGUAGAAGCCUCUAGAGAUGCUGAUGCUAAGAUUUCACAUUAGAAAUCCCAUAAUAUCCUUUCAGGUAUCAAGCAUUCAAUUUCCAAGGUGAAGAAAGCCAUUACCGGCAAGUCUUCUCAUUCAAAGACACAAUCAGAAAAAUAAGUAAAUAAAACAAAACCAAGAAGAUGGUUCCGACAGUUGAAGAAUUGGAUGAAUAAAGGUUUCAUGCGGGUGUGCUUGUUCUAAGAGGUUUGAGUGUGG